UUUUAAUAAUUGAUUUUUUAGCUAAAAUGUCAGUAGAGGAAAAUAAAGCAGAAGAGUUGGCUACCCAAAAGAUGUUUCCCCUGGAAUUACUUGAACUCAGUAUUAACCAAAAAGUGUUAGUAAUCAUGAUCGAGCAACAAGAAUUCGUGGGCACAUUUAGAGGCUUCGAUCCCUACUUCAACUGUGUGCUCGGUAAUUUAAAUUCCCCGAAUGAUGUGACUGAGUAUGGAUAUGAUAAAAAUGGAAACCGACAGGUCGAGGCUAAGCUAUCCUCAAUCCUGCUCCAAGGGACCCAUAUCGUGAUGAUUGUGCCCUCUCCAGAAGAAGAUGAGCCUGAGCAGAAGGAAUAG